UCAGGUUGAAAACCCAAAAGCUGAGGAACUUAAACCCUAUGCCUGCUUUCCAGACCUGAGCUGAAGCUUGCCACCAGCGUGGCACAGGAGAGAAGAAUCCCUGAAAGCUGCUGGGCAAAGACAAAACCUGCUGUCCUGGGGACUGCUCUAGGUCCAGGUGCCUGCGUGCAGGGUGAGAGAGAGAAAUGAGGUUCAUGGAUCAUCCUUCCAUAUUGAUGUGAUGCAGCCAACAGUAAACAGCCCUGUUGACCUGGAUGCUGUGCAAGCCUUCCCUGCCUUGCAGGGAUCCUAGUCUGCCGUCAUGCAAAAUGUGGUGUGAAUUAGUGAGGAGAGAGGUGAGGGAAAGGAGCCCAAACUAAUUCAGUUAUCAACCCACCAUGGUGGCUGUCAAUCAAACCAGCUUACAGCCUGCCUCAUUCCUUCUGCUGGGCAUGGCAGGCCUGGAGGACCUGCACAUCUGGCUCUCCGUCCCCUUCUGCUUGGUGUACAUCGCAGUGCUCCUUGAGAACGUCAUCCUCUUGUUUGUCAUUGUGACAGAGCAAAGCCUCCACAAGCCGAUGUACCUCUUCCUGGCCAUGUUAGCGGUGGCAGAUCUCAUAUUAUCCUCCUCCACAGUGCCCAAAGCCCUGAGCAUAUUCUGGUCCCUUUCCAAGGAGAUGUCUUUCCACGCCUGUCUUACCCAGAUGUUCUUCACACACCUGAGCUUCAUUGCAGAGUCGACCAUUCUGAUGGCCAUGGUGUUUGACCAGUACGUGGCCAUCUGCAACCCCCUGCGAUAUGCCACAGUGUUCACGCACUCGGUGAUAGCCAAGAUAGGGCUGGCUGGAAUAGCCAAGAGCUUUUGUGUGAUGUUCCCAACAAUAUUCCUCCUUCAGAGGCUGCCAUGCUGUGGACACAGCAUCAUGCCACACACCUACUGUGAGCACUGUGCCGACAUCUCUGUUAACAUCUGGUACGGCUUUGCCACCACCCUUCUGUCCCCAGGCCUGGAUAUUGUGCUCAUUGGGGUAUCGUACGUCCUCAUUCUCCAGGCUGUCUUCAGGCUCUCAUCCAAGGAUGCCCAGCUCAAGGCAGUUGGCACCUGCAGCUCUCAUGCCUUCAUUAUAUUAAUGUUCUACACACCAGCAUUUUUCUCAUUUUUCACUCAUUGGUUUGGCCACAACAUCCCCCAUCGUGUUCACAUCCUGUUGGCCAAUCUCUAUGUGCUCCUGCCACCUAUGCUAAACCCCAUCAUCUAUGCUAUGAAAAACAAACUAAUUCGAGAAAAGGUGUCCCAGGUACUCUUCAGGACUGGGCAAGUGCAGUGACAGGGAUGCUUUUCCUUUG